GCCAGCCAAUGGUGUUCUUUCCCUCCAGAUGGUUGGUGACGUCAGGCUCAGUUUCUACUUCAACAUCCGUCCAGUAUCAGUCACAAAAGCUCCAUUCAAAGUCCCUUUGUGGUUCAUUGACCACAGCAUUCAAAGAGUCAGUGUGGGAAACUCAGAUCAACUUUUUACUCACACUGAAGACAAGGCACAAGUCAGGAGACUGCUACAUCUGGACGGCAGCGUGAUUGUUGCACUCAAGUUUUAAAAAUACCAUUACUAUCACACUCAUAUUUAAUGCCUGGCAGAAUUGGCUUCUAAAUGACAGUAUCAUGAAUUAAACAAAAUUUGGGAAAAAUAUCAAACUGUAGAAAAUAAAAAAGGAAGUUGAAUCAUAAAGAGAACAUAGAAGAUAAGUAGUGUAAGUUGGUUGAUUUUAGGUCAUGGCUCAACAGAAUCAUUAGAGACAAAAAGUCUAUUUCUACUUAUUUUUAAAAUCAGUUAACACUUCAUAUUGUAUUUUUUUUUAUCCUUAAUGUACUUAAUUGUCUUUCUCCCACGUGUGUGAUGGAACAAUCAGCGUGUGUUCAAAGUCAUUGAUCUCAGCAUCAGGCAGCAGAUCUGGUCUCUACAGGGUCACCACUUUCCCAGAUUUACACAGAGCUCUGUGAGUCUCUCUCCAUCAUCCCCCCAGUCCUCCACCUGUUCCCCUGAGAUCUAACCAUUGUCCCCCAGGCAUUAACAGCAUUCAGCAUGCUGCAUCCUCUUUUGUCUCACCAAGCUCUCUGAUUGGAUGAGACUGUGAGAAACUUCAACCAGACCAAGACCCACACAUUCAUAUGGAGAUGUGGGACUAUAAAUAGGAGGGAUGAAGCCAGCAGAGAUCAGAUUCUCUCUACAGAGACCUCUACAGCACAGAGAUCCAGCUAUGGCACCUACAAUCACUGCAGCAAUGACCAACUCUCAGGACCAUCUGACUCUGACCCACAAGCUCAGAAAGCCUCUGGUGGAGAAGUUACGCAGAGAGCGAAUCAACAGCAGCAUUGAGCAGCUCAAGUCUCUCCUGGGUCCAGAGUUCCUCAAACAGCAGCCAGACUCCAAGCUGGAGAAAGCAGACAUCCUGGAGAUGACAGUUUGCUUCCUGAGACGACUGCAGCAAAAACAUCAAGCUGUUCACUCAGCAGCUGUGGAUCAGGGCUACUCCAGGUGUGUCCAAGAAGUGGCACACUUCCUGUCCAAGGAAAAGGUGAUGACACAGUCCCAGAGUCAACUGCUGAACCACUUCAACAAGCUGCAAUCUUCCUCUGAUAAGUCCCUGAGAGAGGCUGACUUCUCCCCUCUGAGCUCCACAGUCCAGACUAGCAUCACCAAAGAGAAGAGUCCAGUCAACAGCGCCCUCUGGAGGCCAUGGUAGACUCAUACAGACUGGAGACACUACCAGACAAACUGAGAUGACCAUGUUGGUCAAAGAUUACUGGACUGAAUCAUUUGAGAUUUAAUUCACUUGUUCUUCUGUAUACAGAAGGCUGAUUUGUGUGUUUUUGUAUUUGUGCUAGAUGACAUUUCCUAAGGAAAUGACAGCAACAAUAUCUUUCAAGUGAAGAAAGAGCAUCUUGUCAUGCAUGUAGCAUGAACUAAAUCUGA